CAGAAAGUUCUAUAUACUCACUCAAACCAUCAUUUCAAUUCUCUUUUUCGCGAUUGAUCUAAAUAUCAAUUCAACUGAUCUAGCAAUCAAUCAAUCAAUCCCUUCAACGCUUUGUUCGACGAUCAAUUGGACAAUCAGCUCACUUAUGCUUUUGACAAUCAAUCAAUCAAUCAAUAAUCCAAUGCUAUGCUUGAGAAUCAAUCUACCUUCCUAUCCAAAUUGCAAAUCCUUUUUGAACCACUUUCAAAAUUAUUACUCGACUCCGGAUUCGAAUCACAAUUGGAUUUGCUAUCUGAGUCACUAAUCAAUUUAUCAAAAUCUGGACUGCAUACAGUGUUGCACAUGAUUAUGGUGAUCGUCAAUCGCAACUCAAACCACAGUGUCCUUAAUCCCUGGAUCAACUUAUCUACUUGCCAUACAUUGAUGAUAAAAUCUGACACAUUACUGUUUUGUAAUCCAGAUCAGUAAUUUUCCCGCACUGUGAAACCUUUCCCUAGAAAUUUAACUGCCGGAGCUUCAAUUGUCACUAUUGGAAUCUUUUCCAAAAUUAUCAACGUACUCAAAUCCUUUGUCCACCCACACAAAUCUGUUCCUUGCAUUUAGGAACUUGUAGAGCUGGACAGUCCUAUUCUAUUAUAUUGAGAUAGAACCAUGAAACACUUGUUCUGCAUGUCACAUUAGCACCAGUGUCACAAUUUCAAUAAUAGACUAACCAGGGAUAUCGUUUUGGGCGCCUCUUUCUUUGCACUUAUUAACACUAGGUUAGUCCCCCAUCUGUUUAUAAGUCAAAAUCUCAAAGAAGCCAAUGAAGACAUUGAACAGAAUGAAACCUAGAAAACAUUACAUUUCAACAAAUCAUUCAAUGUUCAAAUCAAAAGUCAGUGGUCCAAUCUGAUCCAUUCAAACAAACAAGUAAUCUAGCUUGGUGAGCUCAUCAACUUUGAGGAACUAAUGCUAUGCUCCAACACCAACAACUUGGUCAUUUAGCUCAUUUGUUUCUAUCUGAAUAAGCUUCACAUUGAUCCACUCCAUCUACUUAUUUGACUCCAUCUAUAAGAUUGAUCCCAUCUAUUUAUUCAACUCGAUCUAUGUGUUUGAUUACAUGUAUUUUAAGAUUAUCGCAUGCUUUAGAUACUUACAAGCUCAAUAUGAGCACCAUUCUGUCCCCAUACUCUAUAAUUCCUAAUUCUAAAAUUACCAUAAUUCCUUGAAAUGCUGAUUCCACCACAAUUAGCACUC